AAAGUGGUCAAAUAAUUAUUAUAUUACAUGAUUGAUUUGUUUAUUAAUUGGACCACAUACAACUACCCAAAUCAAUCAUCAAAGAUAUUUUUCCAACAACAACACAAACAUAAUAAAUUCCAUUACAUUAAAAAAGAAAAAAAGGUGCAAACUUUACCAGUUUUCUGGGAAAAUUCCAGUCCAAAGAUCGAAAGAUAACACAACACACAUGGGAAUCUCCAAUGAAGACACAACAACAUCCCACCUUCUUCCUCAACACCAAUCUUCAAACCCAAAAAAGCUAGCUUUACUACCACUCGUUUUCCUCAUCUACUUUGAAGUCUCCGGUGGCCCUUACGGCGAGGAAUCGGCCGUUGGGGCCGCUGGACCCCUCUUUGCAAUUCUGGGUUUUCUUGUCUUUCCCUUCAUUUGGAGUAUUCCAGAGGCUUUAAUAACAGCUGAGCUUGCUACUGCUUUUCCUGGAAAUGGUGGGUUUGUUAUAUGGGCAAACCAUGCUUUUGGACCCUUUUGGGGUUCUUUAAUGGGAGCUUGGAAAUUCCUUAGUGGGGUUAUUAAUUUAGCUUCUUAUCCUGUUCUUUGUGUGGAUUAUUUGAAAUUGGUAAUACCUAUAUUCUCAUCUGGGUUUCCUCGUUAUGUUGCUAUAUUUGUUUCAACUUUAAUGCUUUCAUUUUUGAAUUAUACUGGUUUGAGUAUUGUUGGUUACACUGCUGUGACACUUGGGAUUGUAUCACUUUUGCCAUUUUUGGUGAUGACCCUUUUUGCUAUUCCAAUGAUUGAACCUGUUAGGUGGCUUAGUUUGGGUCAAAAGGGUGUGAAUGUGAAGAAAGAUUGGACCUUGUUUUUCAAUACUCUUUUUUGGAACUUGAAUUUUUGGGAUAAUGCUAGUACUUUAGCUGGUGAAGUUGAUCAACCUCAGAAAACAUUUCCAAUAGCUCUUUUCUCUGCUGUGAUUCUCUCUUGUUUUGGUUACUUAUUACCUCUCAUGGCUGCAACUGGUGCUAUUCCUCUAAAUCAAGAGGAUUGGACAGAAGGGUAUUUGGCCAAUGUGGCUGAAAUGAUAGCUGGGAAAUGGUUAAAGAUUUGGAUUGAAUUUGGUGCUGUUUUAUCUGUAAUUGGAUUGUAUGAAGCUCAAUUAACUAGCAGUGCAUACCAAGUAUUGGGAAUGGCAGAAUUAGGAUUCUUGCCUCGGGUUUUCGGUGCUCGGUCUGAAUGGUUCAACACUCCUUGGUUGGGAAUUCUGAUCUCAACAUUAGUACCAUUAGUUGUUUCAUACAUGGAUUUUGCAGACAUAAUAUCUUCUGCAAAUUUCUUGUAUAGUUUAGGAAUGUUAUUAGAAUUUGCUUCUUUUCUUUGGUUGAGAAGAAAGUCACCAGAAGUUAAGAGACCAUUCAGUGUACCAUUGGAGUUUCCAGGAUUGGUUGUGAUGUGUUUGAUUCCAUCUGUGUUUUUGGUGUAUGUUAUGACUGUGGCUACCAAAACUGUUCUCUUCAUUAGUUCUUUGUUGACUCUGUUUGGAAUUGGUUGGUAUUUUUUGAUGAAUCUGUGCAGAUCAAAGAUGUGGUUUCAGUUCAUCAAAGGUGAAGAUCAUUUGGAUAAAAAUGAUCAUGAUGUAUAGAUAUUAGAUUGAUUGUAUACAUUACUGUCAUUACAGAACACAAUAGCAAAAUUAUAUAUAAAAGAUUCUAUGUAUUAUUUCUUCCCUGAAGAAAAGUGAUUCUAUUUAUUUCUUUUAACCCAA